AAUGUAAUCUGGUGGAGGGAGAGGACCAUGUGGAGGUGAACGGGGAGAUUUUCCAGAAGCCUUUCGUAGAGAAGCCUGUGAGUGCUGAGGACCACAAUGUCUACAUCUACUACCCCACAUCUGCAGGAGGAGGCAGUCAGCGGCUCUUCCGCAAGAUUGGCAGCAGAAGUAGCGUCUAUUCUCCCGAGAGUAACGUCAGGAAGACUGGAUCCUACAUCUAUGAGGAGUUCAUGCCUACAGAUGGAACGGAUGUAAAGGUGUAUACUGUAGGUCCUGACUAUGCCCAUGCAGAGGCCCGUAAAUCUCCCGCUCUGGAUGGGAAGGUGGAACGAGACAGUGAGGGGAAAGAGGUCCGUUACCCAGUCAUCCUCAAUGCCAGAGAGAAGCUCAUCGCAUGGAAAGUCUGUUCGGCUUUCAAGCAAACCGUGUGUGGGUUCGAUCUGCUCCGUGCCAAUGGCCAGUCAUACGUCUGUGACGUCAAUGGCUUCAGCUUCGUCAAGAACUCCAUGAAAUACUAUGAUGACUGUGCAAAAAUCAUGGGGAAUAUCAUCAUGAGAGAGCUGGCUCCACAGUUUCAGAUCCCGUGGUCGAUCCCUUUAGAAGCAGAGGACAUUCCCAUAGUUCCCACAACCUCUGGGACUAUGAUGGAGUUGAGGUGUGUGAUUGCGGUGAUUCGACAUGGUGACAGAACUCCCAAACAGAAGAUGAAGAUGGAAGUUCGACAUCAGCGGUUUUUUGACCUCUUUGAAAAAUGUGAAGGUUACAAAAGUGGAAAACUGAAAUUGAAAAAACCAAAGCAACUCCAAGAGGUGUUGGACAUUGCCAGGCAGCUGUUGGUAGAACUCGUCCAAAAUAACGAUUCAGAAAUUGAAGAGAGCAAAGCAAAGCUUGAACAGCUGAAAACAGUCCUUGAAAUGUACGGCCAUUUCUCUGGCAUUAAUCGCAAGGUUCAGUUAACAUAUCUGCCACAUGGCUGCCCUAAAACAUCCAGUGAAGAGGAAGGCGAUUACGCUGGCUUUCCCGGCUGUGGCCUUCUCCGUCUGCACAGCACAUACAGGCAUGACCUGAAGAUAUACGCCUCUGAUGAAGGACGCGUUCAGAUGACUGCUGCAGCGUUUGCUAAAGUAGCACGACCACCUUUAUUUUCUCCAUUGGAUUGCGAUUACGCUGGCUUUCCCGGCUGUGGCCUUCUCCGUCUGCACAGCACAUACAGGCAUGACCUGAAGAUAUACGCCUCUGAUGAAGGACGCGUUCAGAUGACUGCUGCAGCGUUUGCUAAAGAUCCUUCAUCAGAGGAUCGUUUCCAUGUGGAGCUUCAUUUCAGUCCAGGAGCUAAAGGCUGUGAAGAAGAUAAAAACCUGCCAUCUGGAUUUGGAUAUAGACCAGCAUCUAGAGAGAAUGAGGGCUCCAAGAAGAAAUCCCAUAAUGACAGUGAUGAGGAGGCCGGUGGUGCUAAACGUGACGAGCCGGAUCGAGCUCUGAUGAUGUUCCGCCCCAUGGUGUCCGAUCCCAUCUACAUCCACAGGAAGUCCCCUCUUCCCCGCUCCAAAAAGAUCGGCUCUGUGGAAGAAGAGAGCCCCCUGAGUGUGUCUAGCCCUGACUCUAUAGGUACCUGGAUUCAUUACACCUGUGGUGUGGGUACUGGGCGUCGAAGACGCAGAUCAGGGGACCAAAUAACUUCCUCCCCAGUCUCCCCCAAAUCACUGGCUUUCACAUCCAGUAUUUUUGGCUCAUGGCAACAGGUUCUGUCAGAGAACAACAGCCACAGCAGACCCAGCAGACUGCACCCGGAUCUCAAGCUCACACCUGGAAUAGGGUCUCAUUGCGCUGGCUUGUUUAGCACCAUGGUGCUGGGUGGCUCCUCCAGCGCACCUAACCUACAAGAUUACGCUCACGCACACCGUAAAAAGCUGACCUCCUCUGGCUUCUUAGAUGAGGCUACGCGUGGUUCUGCUGUAAAAAGAUUUUCUAUCUCAUUUGCGCGACACCCAACCAAUGUGUUUUCCAGUAUGUUCAGUGGUUUUGAGUUGUACUCCAUGGUUCCUUCAAUCUGCCCCUUGGAGACCCUCCAUAAUUCCCUGUCUCUCAAACAAGUGGAUGACUUCCUCGCCUCCAUAGCCAUAUCCCAUGAUCCAAUACUGGAAAUAUCUGCAUCCUCCCCAGCUGUGCCCUCAAAGAAGACUCCUUUGAACACUUACACUCCAGCAAAAGUUUUGCCCUGUCCUUUCACCCAGUCUCUUGGCAAGAAGACGUGCUCACCAGAGAAGAGUGCAUCAGAUCAAGUUGAUUUUCCAGCCAGAAAACCCAGAGGCGUUUCAGAGCAUGGUGCGAGUAGCGGCAAAACCUCACAGCCAAGCUCAGAGACCAAGCAGCCCAAGCCUGCUCCCAACAUUUCCAUCCUUCUUCCACCUGAAUCUCAUGACUCUGCUGUUAAAACCCAACAACAAUCCAGUGGCACAGCAACACAUGAAACCCCUGCUCUAGAAAACAAGAGUGCUACGAAAACCGUGUCAGGCUUUUACACAUGACAUCCAUCUACAAACCCCCAACCAGGGCAAAAACACGGCUAUCAAAGCACACACGCCAAGCUCAUGGACAACUGAUGCAUACGUUUACUGGACCCAGUGAACUAAAACUCACAGAGCAUGUUACAGGCCUCACCUCAUUACUUUUAGUGACAAAAAUGUGUCAUAAUUAGCUGUACCUUUAUUUGCAUUUAUAGGAACAUCUCACUGAAUGUUUGAUACCAAAACACAGUCCACCAAAAGAUAUCACGUUGUUGUAAAUACAAUCAUAUCGUAGGCUUAUUUAGCUUUUCCAUUCACCUUGAAUGGUUCAGAAGAAUGUUACAUUUAUCUUGUAUAUUUGAAUGUUCAAAUGGAAAAGCUCGCAUAGAAUUACUUGUCAUAGUAUGACAUGUUGCUGCAGCUGGUUUUAAAUCUUUUGGAAUAUUUCAUGAAUGCAGCACUUUCUGGGGCCUCAUCAAACAAGGUCCAAAGUGAUAUUUCUUGUUUAGAAUCAUAUUUUUAAUGCGUAGAUUUGAUUACGAUCAGACCGUGCACUUCUUUCCCUCCACUGCAGCUGACAUCUGCCUUAUGUUAACAAGUACUUUUCCAUCAAACUGAAAUUAAACAUGAAUGUUGUGUAAAUUGGGAAUGAACUUUGGCUGUUGGUAUUUUUAAGUUCAUGAAAAAAACAAUGCAUUAGAAAACUGUAAGUGGUUGAAUAGUUCUUUAGUAGCCACCUUUUCAAUUCUCAAGCCCCAAAAUAAUUUGUGUUCUAAUCUAAUCACAUAAUUUUCCACUUUUCUGCAGAGUGUAGCUCCAAGCUUCUCCAACACACCAGCCUGUAACUUUGUAUUAAUCCUGAAGACCUUGAUUAGCUGGUUUGGAUGAGUUUGAUCAGGGUUAAAGCUAAACUAUAUAUAAUAUGGCCCUGCAGGAACAGAAUUGGACAGCCAGGAAAUGUUUGGGAAGCACUGGAUCAGACAUCAGUAGUGUCUAGGGCUGCAUUUACACUUCCGGUCUUGAUGCCCACUUCUGAUUGUUAACUAUAUCCAAAGUUUAACAACCAGCUUACAUCAUCUUUUAAAAUAGACCCAUAACCAUUAUCUGCAUUUACACCUUACACUUGCAACACCUUACGAAACAACCCAAAGUAGGCGAACUGACCCAGAAACAGGGUUGCCAGGUCUGCGAAACAAAACCAGCCCAAUCACAUUUUUCUGUGGUGCCCUCCAUCGGGGGUCCACUCGCUUUAACCCGCGGACUACAAAACAACCCGCAGCAAGAGUGUAAAAGUAG